UAAUCGCUUGACUCCUUGAAAAGUCAUUUUUCAAUGAAAUAAAGACACAAAUAACAUAACAUUUUACGACAUGGUACGAUUGUAAUAAUAUUAUAUUAUUGGUGAACAUAUUUUAUUUUAUGUAUUUUGCAAAUACGUCAUUUGUGUGUUAUUGCUAGUAUUAUCUAUUAAAUCAGUUAUGCGAAUGUAAAAAAAAAAGAUUAACACCGGGCAAAAGGAAAGAUAAGAUCUGAUAACAGAUAAGAUUCAAGAUGAGAUACACAUGUGUAUUAAUAAAACUUCCGCUGUUUUAAAGCUAUAUGUAAAGUGUAUUCGCACAGAUAGCACUAAUCCCGAUAGCGAUUAUUAACAAAAGUAUAUUUUCUAAGAUUUACUAUACUUACUUUAUUGUCUAUAUACAUCUUCGUCCGUUCUAAUAAGGUGCACGCUGUCAAUUGUGCUUAUCGAGCCCAUCGCCUGAACUCUGCUCCUGAGCGACUGUUGACAAAGUGUCAGAGCUUGUCGGGAUAAUUGUUCUCUUUCAGAAUCACGUCUUAUCAGAUAAUUAAAGGAAAAUGGCUAUAAUUCGUGCUAUAUCUGAAAUUAUGAUAAUACUGUAUGUACUUUGUUCCACCAUCAGUCAAAAGUAUAGUACUACACCAAGAAAAAUAGUGAUAGAUACAGAUCCUGGAGGAGAUGAUGCUCUAGCAAUAAUGCUGGCUGUCAUGCACGAGGCUCAAACUCGUGAAAUCGAAAUUCUAGCUAUAACUGGCACAUAUGGCAAUACCAAUAUAGAAAAUGUAGAAAAGAAUUUAUUAAAAAUCUUAACAGUUGCUAACAAAGAAGUACCCGUAUAUAUUGGCUCCAAAAAACCAUUAAUAAAUGAAUAUGAAGAUGAUGGUUACUUUGGUAAGGAUGGAUUUGGAGAUUUUAAUUUUACCAAAAAGAUAACUGCAAAGGUCGACAGAUCGAAACACGCUUCUGUGGCGCUUGUAGACUUAGUGAAACAAUAUCCAGGUGAAAUAACUGUAAUCACUCUUGGACCUUUAACAACAAUUGCUACAGCAAUUGCAUUAGAACCCAAUUUUCUACACUUAACCAAGCAACAUAUCAUGAUGGGAGCGAACAUCAAAAGGAAUGAAGCUGAAUUUAAUUUUAAGCAAGAUCCAGAAAGUGAUUGGAUUGUGUUAAAUAAUACCAAUAAACCUAGCAUUAUACUUCCGAUAGACACAGUACAUUCUCAUGCCUUUUCAAAAGAUGAGUAUAGAAGCCUUUACAAAAGUAUGGAUAAUUCUAUUGCAAGCUUUUUGUAUCAAGCUGAAAGAAAGGCUUUAGAAAAACAAAAUAAUACGUGGUUUCCAGCGGAUGGUAUCACCAUGGCAAUUGCAUUACAACCAGAUAUAAUAAUGCGAUCUUUUAAAACUAAUUUAACUCCGGUACUUGUUGGUGAUGCAAGAGGUUCAGUUGUGGCAAAUUCUGAUAGCCAGAUACAUAAUGCAAAAGUUAUAGAAUAUUUUGAUAAAGCUGCAUUUAAACGUUUAAUAUUAAAAUUACUUUCUAAAUGAUUUAAA